UCUAAGCAUUUUAAAUCAUUUAACUUCUGAACGCAAUGAAACAUCUUCUUAUUUUUAUAUUGGCAAUUCCUUUAACGUUAAGUCAUUAUGAGUAUGGCGAAAAAAGGAACAACAUUGAACCAUAUAAGUUGAAUGACAGUAAAGACAAGAAAGACAAAAAGUGUACAGCAAAAGGUCGGUUUAAGGGUGACGAUGCCUGCAAUUGGUGCUUUUGUGAUAAAGGUGCAACCAUGUGCACUUCGAUGCGUUGUGCUAAGAAAAAGGAGAAACUAGUGUCAAAUGUUGAGGCCUGUAAGCAGAAACCGAUGGGAAGAUUCAAGGCCGAAGACGGGUGUAACUGGUGUUACUGCAUAGACGCCAACACACCUAUCUGCACACAGAUGGCCUGUUACAAACCGAAGAAGCUGAAAAGGUCGAAGGAUUCCAACGUCUGUGAAGCCAAGGACAGAAAGCCAGGCAGAGUUCUGCACCCAGACGGAUGCAAUUGGUGCUAUUGUAUCGGUUCCAAACAAAUGAUGUGUACUAUCAUGGGCUGCCCCAAACCGGCUGGACAGACAAAAGAAGGGAUAAGCACGCAGUUCGUGUUCCAAAGUGGAAAUUUCCGUUUUGUCGAUAGUGGAAAUUAUACCAUGUGUAUACGAGUACCUGGGAAAAAUAAAGGUAAUGGUUCAUUGGAUUUUACCGUUAAUUAA